CAACAGUACGAUGAUUUUGUGACGAGCCCGGAAGGCUUUUCCUACCGUGACGUGACGGUUGGUAAGGGCGAAGCUGCCAAGCCCGGCGAUCGAGUCGUUUUCGACUGGAGUGGAUACACCAUUGGAUACUUUGGGAGGCCUUUCCAAGCCAAGGGAGGUCCACAAGGUGGUGCCUUUGAUAAAGAAAUCGACUACGCUCGCACCGUGAUUGGAUCGGGAACCAUGGUCAAAGGCUUGGAAGGGGGACUGGUAGGUCUACAGCCGGGCGGUGUCCGACAAAUCGUCGUUCCGUUUGGUCCAUUGUCCUAUCCAGCCGGUGAUAUGGCGCACGACAAGGUCGGUCCCAAGCCCUCCACGUUUUCCGGAGACCGUGCCCUGAAUUUUGUCCUUGAAAAUCCCCGGGUCGAUCGAACCCUACUGUUCAACGUUAAGGUCAUUCGCAUC